CAACCGCUUCGAUUAACCUUUUCCCGCGAAGCACACAUUCAAAGCUAGCUCCAACCUUGGAAGUAAGGUGGAUCGACAUAUCGAUCGGCAGACUAAUGGACGUCUCCGACCAGUCAGUGCGGCUGACCAUCGAGGCGCAGCCGAGCGACCCGGCGGUUACCCCCGGGUUCAUGGCGGCGACGCCGUUCGAGCCGCAGCUCUCGGACUCGCCACCGCGACCGAGCGUGGCGGCCGACGACGGCAAAGACGACGACAACAACGAGGCGUCCUGCAGCGCGCGGGGGCGACUGGACGACGGCGCAGCCGGGCCCGAGCGCCGGCUCACGCUGCUGGCGCUGCGGCUCGCCGUGCUGGAGAAGGCGGCCAGCGGACUGGGCGCGCUGGGCUUCAUCUGGGCCACCGUCGUGCUCCUCGGCGGCUUCGCCAUCACGCUGGAGCGGGUCGACUUCUGGUCCGUCACCGCCAUCCUCCUCGUCGAGGGCGCGCGCAUCUUCAGCCGCAGCCACGAGCUGGAGUGGCAGCACCAGGCCACGUGGUCGCUCUCGCUCGUCGACGCUGGACGGUCCAGCGUCCGCCUCGUCGCGCGCUCCUUCCGCUUCGUCUUCCGCGCGGGCGGCUGCGACUGCGAGAGCGGCAAGGCGUCCGGCGGAGCUGCGGCGUCCUGCAGCCACGCCGGGCGGAGCGGGUGGGGAUGGAGGUCGGCCUGGACCUGGACCGCCUGGCCCUGGAGCUGGAGCUGGAGCUUCCUCUCGGGCCACGUCGGCCGGCUGUUCUACUGGCUGCAGCUGGCGUCCGCGACGGCGUGCGUGGUGCUCUCCGGGGUGCGUCUCGCCAGGCAGGACUUCGGGGACGCCGUGGACGCGCGGACGAACCGCCGGUCGGCGCUCGACAUCUUCUACGGCCUGGCGCUGGCCGAGGCGCUCCUGUUCCACGCCGAGAAGGCGGCGUGGGAGUGGGAGGUCAGCCACGGCCGCCUGCUGGAGCGCGUCGCCGACGAGUGCCGCCUCGCGGGCGCGCCGGGGCUCCUCGCCAUACGCCGCUUCUUCUACGACGCCUACUCGCGGUGCAUCGAGGGGAGCAUCUUCGACGGGCUCCGCAUGGACCUGGUGUCCUUCGCCGAGGAGCUCAUCGUCGGCGGGUCCCACGACGAGCAGCGCAUCGGCGUGGGCAUCCUCGUCAACGUGGCCGCGAGCCCGCGGCUCGGGGACGGCGCGCUGCGCCGCGUCGGCACGUCGCCCGCCGUCGUGGAGCGCCUCGUGGACAUGCUCAGCUGGAAGGGCGCCGCCGAGCGCGGCGCGCGGGCGUCCGCGGCGCUCGUCGUGUCCAAGCUCGCCAGCAAGAAGCGCAACGCCCUUCGCGUCGCGGGCGUGCCCGGCGCCAUCGAGUCCGUGUCGUCGCUGCUGUACGCCGCUGACGAGGAAUGCAACCUCCUCGGCCUCCUCAUCAUCAAGAAGCUCGCGCGCGACCACGCCAACUGCAGCAAGAUCGGCACCGCCCGCGGUCUGCUCGACAAGAUCAUCGACUUCUCCUCCAUCGGCGUAGGUGGCGCGUCGCCGGCCACCGGACCCAGCGCCACGUUCUUCAUGGCCCCCGCGCGCGCCAAAGCCGUGCAGCGGUCGCUGCAGGUGAUCAAGAUGCUCGCCGAGACCACGGGGAGCACCGGAAAGCAGCUCAGGCGGGAGGUCGCGGAGAUCGUGUUCACGGUGAGCAACAUCCGCGCCGUGCUCCAGCACGCGCCCGCUGCCCAGGUCGGGCUGCGGCGGCUCGGCGCCGAGGUGCUGACGCGUCUCGCCAUGGACGCUGUCGCGCGGGAGCGGAUCGGCGGCACGGGUGGGUUGGUCGCGCUCCUGCUCCACAUGUUCCUCCGGCCCGGAGGCUCCGAAGAGGACACCGACGCCGCUCGCGUCGAGGCCGGCGAGGCGCUCGCCAUGCUGGCCCUCGAGAGCCCGCGCAACUGCGAGCGCAUCCUCAGAGCCGGUGGCAGCUCGAGCUCGGCCACAUCCACCGCUACCGUAGACAGCCUCGUCGACGCGCUUGGGGACGCCGCCAUCGGCGUCGGGGCGGGCAGGAUCCUGAUGAACCUCUGCGCGUACACCGGAGGCAGCAGCGAGUGGUUCCCGCAGCUCCGCCGCGCCACGCGUGCCGCGGCCACGGUGCUCCGGGAAGUCGACACGGUCAACGAGUCCAAGCCGCUUGAGGUGUCGCUGGGCUUCGCGGCUCAGCUAGUGAGGCUGAUGGGCCCACACGAGCUGGCACACCAUCUGGUCAACGCCGGGGUCAGCGAAGCGGACCUGGUCAGCCGACUGGUCAGCGUGCUGGCUACGCACGCCUGCCCUUCGACCAAGGCGCCGCGGAUCCGAAGGUUUACGGUCGACCUCGUCAUCGCGCUGCUGAGGACGCCGCCGGCGCGAGAGAGGUGGCUGAUCGCCGAGGCGAUGGCCGCGGCGGGGAUGGGCGCGGAGCUGCGGCGCGUGGCGGAGACGACGUCGGAGCUGGAGUGCUUCCACGUGUUCUCCGGCAGCGCAGGGCUGAUCAGGCACGCCGUCGGGCUCGCCGCGCUCGUCGAUACGGCGCUGGAGCUCAUGAGUACCGUCGCCGAAGCCGAUCGAGCACCCGUGUGAGCGAAAGCGUGACAAGUGCGUGCGUGUGAGUGUGACUUUGUGUUGCUGUUGCGUACAGGCGAGAGGAGAAGUAACAGGGAUUCUUCGGUAAAUUCAAAUGCAUAAACAGUAUUAUUUCAUUCAUUGGUUUUUUUUUUUUGCAUGUAGUUACGUGACUAAUGACUGGGUGAAUGGAUGAGACGGGUUCCUC